AUGUCCGCUCCCAAAGAAGAGUAUAAUCAUCCGAGAACGAAGAAUGACGACGACGGCAACACCGAGUCCGAUCAUAGACGUUCCAGGCGACUCGCAGGAGGAGAAGCUACUCCCAGGAGUCUACCAGUGAAGAGGAGGAAACCAAGCAGCGAACACAGCUCUCCUCGAGACCAUGCUAUCAAGGCAUCCGCCGGCGAGUCCCUCGCGGGGGAUGUUGCCGGUGAACAGCAACCGCCUCAGCUUCCGUUGGUGAAGACCACUCCAAGGCAUUCCCAAGGAACGGUCCCCUCUAGUGAAGAACAUCUAGCAGAAGCUCACGGUCACGAGCAGUCGGUCUCCAAGCCGGUUGUAUCAGACAACACAAUUCCCAUAGAGUCCUCUCGAAGUCCCUCGGUCAACACUUCACCAAAAUCUUCGCUUAGAACCGAUAUCUUCGAGGGUCAACGGCUUGCACAAGAUCAAAUCAUCAGGAACCCUUUGGAUGGGCCCUUUAGAACUGGUAUUCUUGGUGAUCAACAUUUUCCACAAGUUCACACCUGCAAGACCUCACACGACCAGCCCCACGAACGUGGCUGUGCUCUGUCUCAACAGUCUCUCGAAGCUCAUGUAACGAGUCACCCUCCGAGCCAAUCUCUCGGAGCAGGUAUCUUCGGUGGUCAACACCCUCCGCAAGUUCGACCCUACAAUACCCCUCACGAUCAGCCGCAGGAUCGUGGUGGUGCUCUAUCUCAACAGUUUCCCGGAACACUUACAACUGCCAGCCCUCCAAAUCAGCCCUUGGGGGCCGGUAUCUUCGGUGGUCAACACCCUCCGCAAGUUCGACCCUACAAUACUCCUCACGAUCAGCCGCAGGAACGUGGUGGUGCUCUAUCUCAACAGCCCUUCGGAGCUCUUGCAAUUGUCAACCCUUCGAACCAACCCUUCGGAGCCGGUAUCUUCGGUGGUCAACCUCCCCAACAAGUUCAAACCUACAAGUCCUCUCACGACCAGCCGAACGAAAGUGGCUGUGUCGCGCCUCUACAGUAUUCCGGAGCCCUUACAACUGCCAACCCUCCAAAUCAGCCCUUUGGAAGUGGUAUAGUCGGAGGUCAACAGUCAACUCUUCCAAGUCCUACCUUCGGAGUCGGUGGUUACAGUAAUCAACAUUCAUUACAAGCCGGCAUUGCAGCUGCUCCCUACCACUACAGUCCUGGUAUCACUGGUGUUGAAGGGAUCCCAGCCCCGCAGGCGUUGGGAGCCACUCGUUUCCCAUACAGUACUCCUGGCCUUGGCAACUACGGCUCGCAAGGUGGCCCACAAGGCACAUGGCUCUACCAGCUUCCGGGGUAUCAAUUCGGAUCUCCUUCCGGUUAUCCUCCUGGAAUCCAACCCGCCGGCGCUAGCAAUGUGGCUCAACAUCCACAGUCUGUGUUGGCGGGGCUACACUCAGUACCGAUGCAUUACAGCCCCAUCAGUGGCUCUCCCAACCAGUUUGGUAACUACCAGCAAAAUGUCGGUGGUUUUCCGGAUAUGCUAUCUACAGCAGAAAUGGAGGCUAUUGAUAAGAGAGUUCCCUUCCUCUGUGAAACCUGGCGUAAACGAGGAGGCAAGGUCUUCACUGGGUUUGACGCUCAAAUCAGCUUGGCCGCCCAUCUUCAACAGUGGUACGAGUUCUGUGCUAUCCAGUGGGUCCACGAGUUGGAGCCCUUAGCGGUUCGGGUAUUCCUCUCCGAGACUAUCAGCCCGACUCUUGCACUCGCUAUCAAACAGCAGAACUGUGGACCGGUGUAUAUGAACUCCCGAGACUACUACCGGCGAUUGUUCAUGAACGCCAUCAACUACCUGCGGGCCAAUUACAGUCAGGUGUCUCACAUUACCGCUCUGAUCCAGAAACUGUUAUCUGCUCAGCAAGGUUCGCAGGGUCUCAACCAGCACCUUGACCAGCUCACUGAGUACCUAAAGGAACUUCGGCACUCAGGGUCGGCAAAUAUUCACACGACCCAUGUCUCUCAAGCAGUGCAAAGAUCGUUUGUGAAUCCAUACAGAGAUUGGUACUACGAAGAGGUCCGCCGCAAGGAUCCCUUCGGAAAUAUUAACCGGUACGAGGAUAUCUUCGACAUCUUCAAUGCCAUGCGGUACAAGUCUUACUCUCUGGAAGGACCUCCGACAUCUCACGGAGACCCUAUGUACUACACCAAUACCCCUUCAACGGGUGAGGUGCCGCUUCUUCCAAGUCAAGCUCCCAGUUCUACUAAAAGAGCUAUCAAUGGUGGUACCGACAAGCCUACAUUUUGCCGAAGAUGCUCAGCACCAGACCACCCAACAAAAGAAUGUCGAGCUCCCAAGCCCAAGAAUGCAGAGCACCGAUGUCACUGUGGCUCCAGCAAACAUCGACCAAAUAUGUGUCCCAUUCCCAUGAAGGACAUUCAUUGUGAAAGGUGUGGUGAUGAUUCUCGAGUUCCUAAGCAUCGCUCGGGAAUGUGCCCAAUCGGCUAUGAUGAGCUCCUCAAGAAGAAGACUACUGCUGAAACUCAGGUUAAAACUACUCCAGAUACCACAAACUACAUGGGCAUGGAGACUUGCUUUGUGACCUUGGAUUCACCGAUCUCUCCCGAGGUCUACUAUGGUACCGAAGGAGUGGUUCUUAACUGCAAUGGUUGCAACUAUAUUGAAGAGGCCUGUGGUGAGCCCCAAACAUUGAGAGAGGUCGGAACCGCCCCCGUGAAGGACCCUAAUCGCACAGCCCAAGAUCAAUGCUACACCACUAGGCAGAGUCGCCAUGGGAGUCCAAGCGAGGACGAUCAGUAUUGUGAACGUGGAAGCCAGCCUGUUUCGACGGCCAUCUGCAUCGCUCCUAACAACCACUUGAUCAAAGUCAUACUUGAUAGCGGUGCGGGCAAGAACUAUGGUCGACUCAGCUUUGUUCAAGGUCUUGCUUUCAUCGAAGGGGUCCAACUGUUAUGGGAAGAGGCUUCUUCUACUGAAACGGCUGCCCAAAGAGUGUCGGGCUUAAGAGCUCUUCGUAUAUCGAUGAGGUUCAGUCCAACGGGUAUCACUGCAAUGUCAGGAACGGCGGAUGACCAGCAUGCAGAUCGCAUCGAAGAACUCCCAGCAAAAAGGCUACAUUGUGCUAAUAACUAUGUCGGUGAAGAGUUUUGCCUGUUCGACUCGGUCAACUACCUGGCCCUGCUGAUAGAUGACGCAGAACACCCCUCAAAUGGUUCACUAUCAGCUAUUUCCUUGGAUGACGACUAUACCUUCGACAUGUGGAGGCCCGUUGACAUUAAUAACGUGGCCGAGCUGCGACUACCCCCUAGAGGAGCAUCGCUCGUCGAGGCUCUACGGCAUAGGAACUGCACUUUCAGGGGCUUCCUGAAGGAACGGUGUAAGGAAGGGCAUACGGUCUAUAGGUUCCUCCACGACUUUGUAUGGCAUCCUCACCGUCCUCUGCCCAAUGCCCACAACUUGAGAGAGGCCAAAUCUCGAGCUGUGAAUCUCAAGAGGUCGCUGUCAGCGACUCGCUGA